AUGGGCGAAAGAGGGUUCCAAGAAAUCGCCAAUAUGCAAUGGCGCAUUGAGACAGACACAGCGAUUGGUCACGGGGACGGUGAACAUGCGCCGGACACACCGAGCAGCUACACCUCCACAACUUCAAUAUCGUCAAGCAUUCUUGACUACCGUCAACUGCACGGUCGAACGUACCAAAACAGCAAGACGGGAGAGUACUGGGCUCCAAACGACCAAAAGCAGAAUGAGGGCCUCGACCUCAUCCACAAUGCGCUGUUGAUGCUUUUGGAUAAUCGGCUGUCGUUCAUUCCCAUCGACGGCUGCAUCGGGCCGGAGCGGGUGCUCGAUGUUGGGACGGGAACCGGAAUAUGGGCCAUGGACUUUGGCGAUCAGUAUCCCACGUCCAAAGUCAUUGGCACCGACCUGAGUCCCAUACAACCCAGCUGGGUACCACCAAACGUCGAAUUCAUUCUUGACGAUUGCACUUUGAACUGGGUGUGGCCAGAAAAUCACUUUGACUUUAUUCAUCUCAGGUCUCUCUACGGAAGCAUCCCGGAUUGGCGAGCUUUGUAUAACAAAGUCUUCAGCCACCUGAAGCCCGGAGGCUGGAUUCAAAGUAUCGAGAUGGAAAUCAGAAUCAAGUCUGACCAUGUCGACUUCCCUGCCGACCACAUAUUUAAUCGCUGGGCCGAUAUGACAUACGAGGCCGGGGAGAAGAUGGGUCGAACCUUUACGAUUUGCCAGGGCCAGAACAUCAGGAAUCAUCUGCAGGAGAUUGGGUUCGUCGACAUUGUCGAGCAAAAGACAAAGGCACCUCUCCAUGGAUGGCCCAGCGACCCGAAAUUGCGGGAAGCGGGGCAGCUAUUCCAAAUAGCUUUCGAUGAGAGCCUCAACGGGUUUGGUAUGUAUCUCUUUACGCAAGUCCUGGGCUGGACGCGCGAAGAAGUGGAUGUGUUGAUCUCCGAAAUGCGGGAGGAGAGUAGGAAGAAAGCCAACUGUCAUUGGUUUGAGGUGUAA